AGUAAAGGACAGAAAUAGCUAUUAUAUAUAGUUUGUUUUCCAUGGAUGUUUCUAUAUGCUUAAGUUUCCAACCAAACGUAAACACUAAAAUUUUUAUACGGGAAAUUAUAAUUAAUCAAGUUAAUUUUUAAAAGACAAGAUGGAAGAAGAUUCUUAUGAAAUAGAAAAAGAAACGUUUUAUACAGAAGCAGUAAAAUACUGGGAUAAAAUUCCUCCAACGGUUGAUGGUAUGCUCGGAGGUUUUGGAUUUACUUCACAAACUGAUAUUCAGGGAUCAAAAGCUUUUUUAAAUUGUCUUUUUAAGUUAUCGAACCCUCCUAAGAAUACGUACUGUUUGGAUUGUGGAGCCGGUAUUGGAAGAGUAACAAAGAACUUACUUGUAAAUUAUUUUAAAAAAGUAGAUCUUGUUGAACAAAAUCCAAAAUUUUUAGAUGUAGCUAAAAAAGAUCUCGAGGCCUAUCCUGAAAAAAUUGGUGAAUUUUAUCCUUCUGGGUUACAAGUAUUUUGUCCUUCACUGAAUUUGUACGAUGUAAUAUGGACACAGUGGGUUCUGAGUCACCUUUGUGAUGAAGAUUUGAUUAUGUUUCUGAAGAAUUGUGUGAAUGGUUUAAGCAAGAAUGGCGUAAUUGUAGUUAAGGAAAAUGUAACUAGCAUGAAUAAAAUAGACAUUGAUACUGAAGAUUCUUCUGUUACACGGCCAUAUAUGGAAUUGCAGAACAUAUUUAAAAAAGCUGGUUUAAUUUGUAUUAAGGAAGUAAAACAGAAUGGCAUGCCACGUGGCCUAUAUCCAAUUUAUAUGUUCGCGUUGAGGCCUCACUAAAGCAAUGGUAAAACUUGCUUUAUAUAGAAUGUAACUCGUAUAGGUAGCUCUAUUUUACAACAAAUAAAACAAACUUUUUAAAUAAUGAAA